GGAGGAGGGUACCGAACCCUGCUAGUGGUCCCCCAAGAGAAGCUCACUCGCCGCCUAAAGUAAAGCGUCGGCGACGCGGCGCACAGCGUCCAUUCUGGCGCAGACAACUUUGCGGCCCCAUUUUUUUUUUCGUGCGCAACUCCUCACGUCUGGGAAUCCAUCCGCGCUCGCUCCAGCCUCUUCCGCUUAUUGGAUUUCUACGCGAAGACGAACGCGCAGCGUUUUGCGGGGACUUUUGCAACCUUUCGUUUCCUGCUCGCGUAGACUCGGUUCGGUUUCGCCGCGGUCCACUUUUGGCAGAGCCGAUGCACGAUGCGUUGCGUUUAAGAGCCGAAUCUGCAAGUAGAAAGUGCCAAAUUAAGCCCAGAUGGCGAACGAGCGCAAUCGCACCAUUGUGGUGAAUUACAUCAGCCACAAACUCUCCAAACGCGGCUACGAGUGGGGGUUCGGCGCCGCUCGGGAGGAGAACGGCGACGGCGGUGCCGCCGCCGCCGCCGCCGAUAACGGCGUACCGCUCGCCCCCUCGUCGACGUCGGUGCUCCGGUGCCGCGAAGUCGUCAGCGCCGGGCCCGACCGCGACUGCGCCCCCAAGCGAAGAAGCUCCGGUUCCGACAUCCACAGGGUCCUGCGCGAGGCCGGCGACGAACUCGAGAGACUUUACCAGCCGGACUUCACCGAGAUGUCGCGGCAGCUCUACCUCUCCUCCUCCAUGGCUCAGCGGCGCUUCGCCGAGGUGAUCGACGAACUGUUCCGGGACGGCGUCAACUGGGGCCGGAUCAUCGCCUUCUUCGAGUUCGGCGGUAACGUGUGCGUGGAGUGCGCCGCGAAGGAGGAGAUGACGUCGCAGGUGGACAACAUUGCCGAGUGGAUGACCGAGUACUUGAACGGACCCCUCGGCCGCUGGAUCCAGGACAACGGGGGCUGGGAUGCUUUUGUGGAGCUUUACGGCCGUCAGAGGGACUCGGUCUUCAACUGCUCGUGGCCCUCCAUCAAGACCGUCUUCAGCCUGGCCGCGCUCGGGGCGGCGAGCCUCACCAUCGGCGCCUACCUUACGCAGAAGUAAGCCGCCUUGUCCUCCUUUAGUUCACAUCCCCUCCACCACCAGUAAAGACACACUAAGUGAUGGCGGCGUGCACCUCAUCACUUUGACAACACCGAGGACAAUGGAAGAUUCUUCUUUUCUGCUUUCCCAAAGCCGCCUGCUUCUCUGCUAGUAGUAAGCAUGAACCUUGUGUUAGCGUAGACAGUAGUUGCAUGUGUCAAGUGGGAGACGAGACGACGGGACGAACGACUGCGGUGCCCCUGCUUGUUAGGGUGGAGGACCCCAUUUGAAGCGUGGACUCCGGUUACCCCCUUGCGCCCCCUCCCUCGGCAGCCACCCAUCAAAAGGACUUCCUGUGAAGAACAGCUGCUCAGAAUGUAUAAUGGACCGGCUUUGUAAGCGUGUACGUGUGUGAGAUACUGUACACUGUGCAGACAUAAGUAUUGGGACACCUGCAGGAACCCGCAAUGCGGUGGAACCUCAAAGAUUGAACGCAAUCCAAUUUUCUCCAAUGGAAAUCACGUAGAGAGAAAUAAUCUGUUCCUGGGUCCAACUGCCCCUUCAUAAAAUUGAAAAAAUGUAAAUAUUAACUGUACAGCCCAUGUUUUAAGCAGUGGCGGGCCGUGCAUUUGGUACCUGGGACUUCAAUGGGGACACGCUCGACUUGGGCGACGAGUUUUCAUGAGUGGCCGGACGUCGGUCACUAGUUUUGUUGCAAUUUAUAAUUUGAAUCACAGGUGAACAGCGUCGCAAUGUCGCAAAUGUAACUACACAAAAUUGCCGCGUUGAAAAACUUUGACCGGUACUAAACUUUGACGAAUACUUGACUUCCAUUUUGGAGAUAAUGCUGCAAUUGUGUUCAGUUAUUGAAUUUGCCAAAGGCGGCUGCUACAUUGAGUCAAAGGUUUAGAAUACAUUUUUGUUUGUCGACUGAUUCCAUGAUAUCUUUUGUAAAUCAAAUAAUUUAUUUGUUCUGUGAUUUCAUUUCAGAGUAAAAUGAGAAAUUGAACCCCAUUACUAAUAAGCUUGAAAAAAACUGGCGUGUUCUAAUACUUUUGACCUUUAGUGUAUAUGUACAUAUGAUUACGAUAUGUGUCCCAAUACUUGUGUCCAUAUAAUGCACUCUCUCAGCUGGAUGUUCAAAAGUUCUGCGAGUGGAAUUUUGGCUCCAAAACGUUCAAGCACAGAGAAAUGAAACGUUUGGAGGAUACAAAAAAAAAAAAAAAGAAGUGCGACAGUGAAGAAAAGGAGGGAGAAGCACGUUGAAUCGAGCACAAAAGGAGAAGCAGAUGAGGCAAUUUAGCAUUUUGAGGAGGGGAAUUAGCAAAGCAGCAUUCAUUCCUGGUGUAAAAAGAAGUCAUCGCCAACUUCAUGACAUGUUCUGUGUUUUUGUUGUUGUUGUUGUUGUUGCUGCUUUCCACCUGUGUAGCAGUAGCGCACACAUACUCGUGCGCUCCAGCUGCUGCUGUGCCUAAAGCAGGGUACACAAAUAUAAAGUUUUGGUUUUUUUUUUUAAUGUGAGAGACCCAACACAAGGGUGCGCUUACUGCUCCUUAGUGUGUGCUACACUGUAAAACGCAGCAACUGCACACGCGAUCAUAAAUACUGAGCAGGUUCAACAUUUAGGAUUGUCUCUGACCAUUUUCAUGAGCAGGUUGGGGAGGAAAUAUCGCUCUUAACACACCCCACGCCACAGGAUAAUCGCUUAAGAUAAUCAUUGAGAGACAUAUGAUAAUCAGGCCUUGGUGUUGAUUUCGCCGGAAGUGGGAAAAAUCUUUGGUGUUAACGGUAUGUUUGUACCCUGCCCAGUAGUGACUUCAACCACGAGAAUUUGGAAAAUCACAGCGCACCCCCCACCCCCCCCCCCCCCCAAAAAAAAAACAAAAAAAGAAAAGACAAAAAAUAAUCAGUUCCUGUGUGCUGGAACCUGAGAAGUCCCUCCCCUCAUCGAUGUUUUAUUGAUGUUUGUCUUGUGUUUCAGUCUGACAGAAAAACUGGAAGUGAUCCAUAAUUAUUUGUGUGUACAGUUUUUUUUUUUUUUAAUCUUCAAGUCUUUGCAUGAGUGAAAAGACACUGAUGUCUCACAAUAUUUAUAGAUCAGAAAUGCAUAGAAGACAAAAACAACAACAUUGUCUAUUUAUUGAGAGGUACCAGAUUUUUAACAGUAAAGUCAGUGAUUUUAACCUGUUUUUUUGUUCCCUCUUUCUUUCUAUGAAAUAACACUGUAACAACAUUAUUUUCUGGCUGCUAUUGUAACAACACAAUGUUUUAAAAGUGAAUUUAAAGUGUCCAUAUUGGCUUGAGGCUGCUACACGGUUAAUUUCACAUAUACAGCUGAAACUGCCACAGUCUCGUCCUAGAUAGCUGCAAACCAAAGUCAAUUUGUAUUCAUGUUUAAUUUAAAUUGUCUAUGUUAACUGUACUAUAAUCCGCUUCAUGCUGUAAAUGGUUCAUUUACGUCCACGACAUCAUCUCCCGCUGUGUGCGUGCGCGUUUGUGUGUAGGGAGCAGGCCACAAUGCAAAAAGCAGCCACAGCUAUAUCAGCAAUACAACUGUAUUUUUAAUUGUUGAAAUAUAUUCCUUGUGCAUAUAAGAAUGUAGGCACUAUGGUUGCUGUACUGUUUUACACCUAUAAUCGCAAACCUGUAGCACUUAAAGAGGAAAAAAAAAAAAAAAGAAAGUGAAAUGUGUUUUCUGUUGUUUACUGCUAUAAUCCACGAUAAGCUAGGGGAUCCCAUCGUUCCUAAUAAAAAACACUUUGUCGAGUAGCCGCCAAGUCUGCUCGUUGAGUCUCA